AUGUUGAGUGGAAUGGCGGUGCAUUACCCUCGUUCUCCGAUGAGAGAUAUUGGCGACUUAGACGUUGCAGUACGAAAUAUAAUCUCCUGGAUGGCUUCAAAUGGUCAAUUUCCUGAUCCUUUUCAUCCAGAAGCAAUCGAAUAUAUGGCCAGAUCUAGAAUCAAUCCAAAUAAUAUCCCAGCUCUUGUUGCUCAUAAAACAUUAAUUCAAAAAAAUAACGCUCAAUUAUGGGGUUUCGCAACAGUGAAUCCCAUUGUGACCCUAGCAGAUCUUCAAAAAUUCUUAACACAUGCCUACUCAACGCUUGGACCAGUUUUUUGCCUGCCUGUGGCUAAGCAGAUAUUUGGAGUAACGGAGUUUCAUCCCGCUGUUCUAUAUGCUUUUAACACUAAUGAAAUUGACAGCAAUUAUCGGCCAACCACGAGCGAUAUUAUGGAUGAAAUCAUAAAGUGCUAUAAUAGAAAGAAAACUUCCAUACCUCCUGUUGGCACCGGCCGAUCAUAUAAUUGGUGGGAAUCUGUGUUUACUGGAAAUUUUCUUUCUCUACUUAAUGAUCCUGAAGCACCGAGUGAACAAACUCCUUUAGACCUUGAAACAUUGAAAUUUAAUAAACUCGGCAUUUAUGGGAUACGCAUUAGGGGAUUUACAAAUUUGCUUGAGGCAUUACGAUCGGCUUUAAGUCCAAAAAACUACCUUAGCACAGCCAAACAAAUACAAGGUUCCAUCGAAUCGGAUAUGAGGCAACUAUAUAGGUCUAUCAAGGAUAAAUAUGUUGGUGAAUCAGCUAUUGAAAUUCUUCUGAAUCUCUUCGAACUUCUUACAAAUGUUGCCGAGAAAGGUCCUUUGCGAUCAAUUUUACGUACAGUGUUGCUUUUUGCCGAUUACUCGCCAGUAGAACGUGGGGAAAGAUUCCGUUUAUUGGAAAAUGAAUAUCGCGAGAGAUCACUCGAAGAAAUUGUCGAUGCGUUCAACAAAUUCUUUGAUUCAUUCUUGGAACGCGUUCGCAAUGAGUCUGCUGACCCGCAGGUAUCAUGGCAACAACUGGCUGAUCUUGAAAAGACGCUUUCCUCCGAGUCGUUUAAAUCGCUCCUCAGUUCACUUGCUUCCGCCUCUGAUGAGAGCUACACUGGACCUAAGCCAAAGUUCCUUUCUAUCGGUGGCCAAGUGGUGGUUAACAAGCCUCGGGUUGAAGAGGAAGAACGUUUGAACACUGAGUCUAAUCAGGAAAUUGAGGAAGUUAUUGAUCUCCCCCGUCUUAGAAACUUCCUUCAGCACCUUACAUUUAUUACUGAACGCUCCGCUGAGACUUUGUUGGAGUUAUCUGCGCGGAACUUGAACAUACCUAGGUCCCCUAAUGCUCUCCAGACGAUCACAUGCAUUCUCACGGACUUAUCAGUGUCACCUAGUAAACGCAGUUUGCUGAUUCAUCCUCAAGAGAGUAGCUUUCUUGCUCUCCACCGAAUGUCUGAUUUCCAAAUGCCUUCGGAAUUAUGCACUCAACGAUCAGCUGUUCUUGAUAUUUUGUCUUCAUGUCCAGUUCUUCAAGAUCCAGAAAUAUGGAGCUUAUGGUCUUACUGCUCGAGUUCCUCACUGUCUUCUCAUUGGGGUUCAUUAGAGGAUUUCCUAAGUGACGCCUCUGAUGAAGACAAAUUACGUGAGAAAUACGACCUAGCCAUUGUGAAACUCGUUGGUCAUGGGUACAUCCGAUUGAGUACGAAUGGUACUCCAAGGGAUCUUAUUUCGGCCCUGUCGCGGUGUACAUCUGAAAGUGCUGAGGCAGAUUCGUCUGCGGCCGUCAAACUAUGUGAUCUGUUAAUUGGAUCAGUUCUUCUUGUCAAUCGUUUCAUUCCACCAUCACAAUGUAUUUGUGUACUCUCCUCUCAUCUGAGCUCACUUUCAGAGGAUCUUACCUGGCGCAAACUUAUUGCAGCUCUCCUAUGCACAAUACCUCUCUCGUUGCUGGCAGUUGUUUUCUCAAAAAUUAUUCAACCUGCUUUGUCCGAAAAUUUAAUCGCUCUACAAGAAGGAGCGGGAAUAGCGAACAUUUUGCAGUUUUAUAGUGCCACACCUUUUCAUAAUCAUUUGGUUACUUCCAUCGGUGUUGUCGGUGGACUCCUGGGUUGGUCAGUUUGGUUAGACGCUUUCAAAACGCGACGCUUUUCUUGUUCACGUCAGCAGCCCCCUAUCAAAACGUGUUCGGCUUUUGAGCAAGUUGAAACUGAAGGUCACAAAAUGCCUAUCCUGUUGCCUAAAAUUUCGAACAAUGCUGAGGCUGCUAUAGACCAACAAGAGCAUCAAGAAGUGCUCCUUACUUCGAAAAUCCUCUCUCCUGAGACAAAGUCGGAGAACCCUGUUGAAGCUGUUACAGACUGUGAAGGAUUUAUUGAAAAUCUUAGACGUAAUGAAUUUGGUUUGGGUGUUGAUCUGAACUCGGAAGCGUCUGAAUUACUCAAGCGCUUCGAGAGUCGGUUGAACCGUAGCUUGGAUUAUUUGUCUCGCCAACUCUACGGUCAACCUGGUCACUUUAUCCUGGAACUUAUUCAAAACGCUGACGACAACACCUACGCUUCAGGAGUAAGUCCCAGCGUUCAUUUCCACCUUUCUGACUCUGAGCUCACUGUGCGGAACAAUGAAGCUAUUGGUUUUACUCAAGCCGAUAUCUCUGCUCUAUGUGAUGUGGGUUUGAGCACAAAGAUUGGAAAUAGGGAAGAGAAGACGGGUCGCAAGGGUAUUGGCUUCAAGUCCGUGUUUGCGAUUACAAACGCACCAGAAAUUCACUCUAACGGUUUUCACGUGCGUUUCGGUUGCUUGAGUGAAAAUCAACAAUCUGGAGGUAUUCUCACACCUGAAUGGAUUCAUGAUCCUGCCGAUGAGGAUCAAACAUUUUGGCGAACGUGUCUUCGCUUGCCAUUUUCAUCCAGCAUUGGUCAGGGUCCCACAACCAUCCUCCCAUACGCUCGAAACCUCCUCAACCACCAUUUGCUCCUCUUUCUGAGAAGAAUUGGUUCUAUCACCUUUCAAACUGAUAAGAAACUCUCCGAAUCUCUGGAUUUACACCUCAAACGAGAAAGUCAAGUGCUGUAUUCACAAGGGGGUCAACAUCCUUCCAUUCUCAAACUCAUCACCAUUACGGAGACACGAGACGGAUGCCUACAGUUAUCGAAAUGGUUACUUCUUCGAAAACGCUUCGUUGUCGACGUGGAGAAGUUAUCUAAGAUUUCUGGAUCAACCGAUUAUUUCCCUAGUAGAACGGAUAUCACAAUUGCUAUUCCUUUAGCCACUGAUGGUCCGCCCCCGACCUUCCCCAUUUAUGCUUUCUUGCCCGUCAGAAAUGUGGGCUUUAACUUUUUGCUCAACGCUGACUUUGAUCUGACAUCCUCAAGAGAAGAUAUUGAUGGUACCAGCGUUUGGAAUCAGUUCCUGGUCAACCAGAUCCCUGAUGUGUUUGAAAGUCUCAUCGAAAGUGUUACUCAUAUUCAAUCUUCUGAACAAUUUCCUUUAUCCGCAAGUGGAAUUCUGGGUCAAAUUCUCGAAUGUCUACCAAUAAAUAACCGUAGCAGUCCAGCCUCAACGUUGCGUAUCUUUGCCUGUCUUGAAGAGAAGAUACGCAGAAAACUUUCAAGCGUAUCUUGGAUUCCUGUUUUAAGUGGCACUCAAUUUGCUAACCCCAACAAUGUCUUGCUUCCAUCUCAAAAUCCAACUAAGAAAUUGGAUCCCUCUUCUCCUGAAAGCUUUCUCUUCCGCCUUUUGGUUGAUCGACGGGGCAUGCGAGAAAUUGAUUCAACAUUCCUUCUUCCAUCCGUUUCAAGCACAAUUGAAGAUGAAAUUGAUUUGCGGUUGCGUAUAGAUCUUCGCGUGCAAAAACUCAAUCGUCUUGGAGUUCAGCAAAUUUCUGCUGACGCUCUCAUUGAACUUGCUUCCAAGCUCUCGGAAGGUGGGAUUGCUGUGGUUGUUAUAGCUCUUUCAUUUCCUCUUUCGUUUUGUAACUCAGAUGAACUUCGACAGCCUGGUGUUCUCUACGUCCUUCUGGCCAACAUUGACGCUAGUCUGCGUUCGUUCGACUCUCAACACUUUGUUUCUUUUGCUCUUCGUUCAGCCUGGCAACGCCGUUGUCUUCGGAAACUCCGAAGUCUGCGUAUCUUUCCACUCACAGACGGUAGCUUAGUGAGCCUGGAUGAAGGCGUUUCUAGUGACAGUGAACAACUAAGGAAUCGAAAUUACCUCAUGAUUCCACCGAGAACAUUUGUUUUAAAUGAAUCGACGUCGAAAAUUUCCUACGAUGAAUAUAUCAAACUGCUAAGCCGUUUGGGACCGCUCCUUUCUACAUCCGUUGUCAACCCACCCGAAGCGUGUGAUCUAAAUCCUCCACUUAUGUUAUUUUCCACCAAUGAUGAAUUAUCGCUCGGGUUGGCUAUAGCGAAUUCACCCCUCGAUGUCAUUUCCAAAUGGAUAAUCCCCCACCAAUUCGAUUUCACCCUUGAGAAUAACGAGAAUGCUGAUUGGUUCAUUGCCGCAACUUGCUUAUUGGCUAUCCAUGGAGACCUAUCAAAGCAUGAAACUGUGAUUUCUCACCUCCCAAUCGUUUGCGAGAUUGAAGAUGGAACUACGGCUUUAUACUCACCCUCUAAAGAUGUUAUUUUUGCCCCUUUGAAAUUCUUGGCACGGCUCCCUGAUCAAGAGGAGUGUGAAAUAAUGUCAGCAAUUUUGAAGAAUAAGGGAAGCUCCGUUCUUAUGGCUUCUUCCAAGUAUUUUGAAUCAUUGGAUCUCGCUGACGAAGAAAUUCAAGAAAGAUGGCAGAAAUUAUUUUCUACUGUUGGUGUUUCUACUAUUCAAACACUAAUUUCCCGGAAAUAUUGUACCGAAAGGGGUUCUAACAUUUCGGUUCUUCCUGAAAACCAUCCUCUUCGAAACUCCCCAGUCUUAGGGAAAAUUUCAGGCGAAAAGUCUGCUAAUGUUAUCAUUGAAGAUUGGGAUUGUCCUAGUCUAAGUGAUGUAAUUUUGCCCUGGAUUGAGCAGAUCUCGACACACUCCCCCACUGAAGAGCUAGUAAUGAGAGUGUGUACAAAAUUGUUCUCCCUUUUGAAUCGUAAAUGGAAGUCAAAUUUCGAAAAGUAUACUAAUGCUGUUGGCCGAACUCCUGACUCGAAAGAGUCAAUCGUUAUUGGAGCAUCUUCUUGGCUUCAAAAUCUUAGAACUCAUAGAUGGUUGGCAGUAUCUCCUUUGGAGAUGACUGAUCACACUUUGAUAGUAGCAGCUACUAACUAUCCCCGUUCUUCCGUAUUAAUGGAUUUCGUUUCUUCUUCUAUCUACUCUCCAGAUGCUUUCACACCCACUAAAUUUCCACUCCCGUUGCCCACAUCUCUUCUCGGUCUCGUCUGUACCAUCUGGGAGCCUCUCAGCUCAUUAGAAAGGCCACCAAACCCCGACUUCCUUAAUGCUCUUGGAGUUAAAGUGGAACUAGACGAGUCGACAUUUAAGGAUUUGGUGAAUUGCCUCUCUAGUCAGAGGGAUAAUCUUCCCAGCCUGCUUACUUUGGAUAGCAUGGUUCAAGUUUACCAUCUGGCUCAACACGUUCUCAAAGGCUCCCCACCGGCAUUGUUUCGUGAAAUAUUUGCAUCUGCUAUUCUAGUUCCUUGUACAAACUGUGAAUCUCGUAAACGGCGUAGAAUGGUUGAAUUGCUUUGUUCUACUGAUAUUGAUGUCGAUGAGACAUAUCCCAUCCACUGUCAAUUUUGUGACAGUCGUACAAAUGAAAAUUCUUUGAAACGAUCCUCUCCUAGGGUGCAUUUCCACCUAGUUCCUUUUAACAGAACCUGCUGGAAAGCAGCGAAACUUCCAGCCCUGGAAAGUAAUCCUAUUUCAGAAGAUUGUGAUGAAGAAGAAAUGAUCAUGGUACCACGUCCGAGUGUGAAGUUUAAUCCUUCGGUAACCCCGCGUUUGGAUGUUUCGGAAAACCGGACAGAGCUGAGUACUAUCUACAAUGAUAACUUCAAAUCGUUCUUCUGUGAUGUGCUUGAAGUCCCCAAAACUUCAUCUCUCGCUGAAGUGCUUUCCAUGCGUCCCAGUCCACCGAAAUUCGAAAUCGACUCGCAGUGGCGUUCAGCCCAAGAGUCUUUUGGUCGUACCUUGGGUGCUUGGUACGCUUUGAUCCAUCAGUGUUUGGAAAUCGAUGGUGAUAAUACUCAACAACUGUGUCAAUUAAGAAGGUUCCCUCUUCUCUACGAUAUGAACGGCAAUUGGCGAACGCCUUGCCAGAAAAACGCCAAAAUGCUAUCGAAAAUGUCCGAAGAUGAGCUCAUUUUCUGUUGGUCAGCCACAGAUCUUGCUUCCAUGGUACCAAGAAAUUGUGUCCUUGGUCAUAGUAUGGAUACUCUUUCAGCUAAUUUCAAUGAGGAAUCGUCUGGAUCUAUUUCCGAUUCACACUCUCUCCUUCUUAAAGUGUUGGCCCUUCCUGUUCUAGAAAAGGUGGUUUCAGUAAAUUUAGACACGGCCACAGCCACUAUGUUAUCGAAUCCUCCAAGGGAACUCUAUGCCUCGUUGAAUUUCUUCCGUCUCUUGACCAAAGUAUGGCAAUCUUCUUCAAGCUAUAAAACCUCUGAAGCCACUGUCUCUGAUUUUAUGACAACACCCAAGGUCGGUCCUGAAGUUUUUCUGGUUCCGGAUCUGACUUUGAGGUUACAAUUAUCGAAUUCGGUUAUUGGCUGGACGAUUAAAUGCGUGUCCUGUCGAUUCUGUUCUGGGAGUCUCUAUGUUGAUUCGCGAUUUGUAUCCGAUCUGCAGACCGGCUCAAACGAGGAUUGCGUAUCUUUUUUAGUUGGUGACAAGGGAUCAAUUAAGGAGCAAAUAUUGAUUGAACUGACUCGCGUUGUCUUCCCAGCUCAUCGCCGUAAUCAACUCCUUCUUCUGUAA